GAACCCUCCCCGUGUGUGUGUUUGGAAGAGUCGUCGAAACCAACACCAACAACCCAACAACCGUGUGACUAUUUACGUGAUACCCGUGAAGGUAUCAACGCCGUCACAAUGAGAAUCGAGACGUGCUACUUUUGCAGUCGCCCUGCCUACCCCAGCAAGGGCAUCACCUUUGUCCGCAAUGACUCCAAGGUGUUCCGCUUCUGCCGCAGCAAGUGCCACAAGAACUUCAAGAUGAAGCGCAACCCCCGCAAGCUCAAGUGGACAAAGGCCUACCGCGCCUCGGCGCACAAGGAGAUGACGGUCGACAGCACCCUCCAGUUCGGCGCGCGGCGCAACGUCCCCGUCCGCUACGACCGCGACCUCGUCGCCAAGACGCUCAAGGCCAUGGAGCGCGUCUCCGAGAUCCGCUCCCGCCGCGAGCGCGUCUUCUACAAGAAGCGCAUGCAAGGCAAGCGCGAGCGCGAGAUCGCCGCCGCGCGCAAGCUCGUCGCCGAGAACGAGCACCUGCUGCCCCGCAUGCGCGGCUCCGAGAAGAAGAGGCUGGCCGCCGAGGGCGCCACCGAGGAGGAGAUCGCCGCGCUCGAGGCCGAGGGACGCCUGGCCAAGAGCAAGGCCGGCAAGGUGUUUGGUCGCGAGAAGAUCCGCCAGCGGGUCACCGUCGACGGCGACGUUGUCGAGGAGCGCGAGGGCGGCGUCAUGCAGGAGGACGACGGCGAGUGGGACGACGAGGAUGCGGAGGAGGACGACGAUGACGAGGAUGGCGAUGUCGACAUGGAGGAUUGAGCGUGACGACGACAACGACGAAGAGGGACGUUUUUGUCACGUCUUUCUUUUUACGAACCGACCAAAAGGAGGAAGGGGGAUCCCCCAUCCCAUCGAGGGAUAGGAGAAGAUGGAGGGAAAAGCCAACCGACCGGGGGAAGAGAAAGAAAGACAAGCUGCUAACCGAAUCGAAGAAUGGGCCUCUCUCUUCUCUCCGCUCUCCUUUAGCAGAGACAAGAGUUGGUUUUGGGGGGGCUUUGUUUUUAUACACGGGCGUUCAAGGAUACAAAAGGGCUAUUUAGCAUCGACGGCGU